CCGGAGGCGGGGGAGAAGUGGUGGAGGAGUCGCCUUCUGGCGGGAGUUAUUGCUCCCCCACCGGCCCGGCUCCUCCCACCGCCUAGUGUCUGUGGGGGUGGCUGUGCCAGGCGAUGGGGGUCGAGCGCUGGCGGGUGCUGUCCGGCCGUGGCGUGAGUUAGUGGAUGGCUGAAAGUUGGCUCCACCAUUGAGUUGCUGCAAUGUUUUGCUGCUUGAGAGCCGUGAGAAGGUUAUGUCUGGAGAAGAUAUUGCUACAGGGCGUUCAGUCAAGAAGUUUGUCAGGAGCUGAUGCCAUCAAUGCUCUCAGACCUUUCUAUUUUGCUGUACAUCCAGAUUUCUUUGGCCAGCAUCCCAAAGAGAGGGAAAUAAAUGAAAACUCUCUGAAGAGGUUAAAUGGUUACUUGGAGAACCUACAGAAACCAGGAUUUUGCUCCUUUAAGCCAACUCCACUUACUUUUUAUGUAAGAGAAAGAGAACCAAACUCUUCUAAUGUUCAAGAAUCCUUCAGUGCUUCAGGGUUUCGAGCAGUGAGUUUCACAUUGCAUACCAGGGAUCUCCUGAGCACUGUGUUAGAUAUUCUCAACUCCUGCAGUUUAUCUACAGAGCAUAUUCAGAGUUUGAGUGUGAACUCUCAGCCCCACAAGGAAGCAGAAAGCACAGUGAACAGACCUAUCAAAUGGGAUAAGACUUACUAUUCAUUUACUGGAUUCAAGGAUCCUGAGGAGGAACUAGAACAAGCCCAGAGAGUGGAAACAACUUUAAUAUCCUGGCUAGAUGAUAACGAAGCAAGUGCAGUAAAUAAGCUGAAAAAGAGUUUGCCACUUAGAAAAGAACUAGAGCGUUUAAAAUUUGAACUCUCUCUUCAACUCCAGCUCUCAGAUAUCAGGUGGCAGAGAAGCUGGGGUGUUGCUCAUCGCUGUAGCCAACUACAUAGUCUAGGUCGCUUAGUCCAGCAGAGACCUGAAGUGUUAAAGAAUGUUAAAGGGCACACGGUGGUAUUUACAGAUCGUUCAGGUAUGAGUGCAGCAGGCCACAUAAUGCUGGGGACCAUGGAUGUUCACCAUCACUGGACCAAAAUUUUUGAGAGAUUGCCAAAUUAUUAUAAACUUCAAAAAAGGCUGCUGUUGUUGGAAGAUCGGAUAAGCCAGCUUCUGGGAGGCAUACAAGUAAUAUAUAUUGAAGAAUUGCAACCCCUGUUGACUCUAGAAGAGUACUACAAGACUCUGGACUCUUUCUAUAAUAAGUUACGUGACAGUAGACUACCUUUUCAUCCUCGCAGUCUGCGAGGCUUGCAGAUGAUUCUGGAAAGUGACAGAUAUGCACCAAGCUUGCAUGAAUUUGGACACUUUACGAUCCCAACGGUCUGUGAUCCAGGAACACUUCAAUGGUUUAUUUUUGCCAAAGCACAGGAAGCAAGAGAGAAUCUGAAAAGAAAGGAGGAGAUGAUGAUUACAGAGAGAGAGCUAAUUGAUACUUCCACUAAAAGAUUUUCUCUGGAUCGCCUGUAUAAGGAGCCCAGUGUUUCUAGUGCACAGAUGAUAGAUUGCUGUAAGCGGUUGCUAGAAGAAUCCCUGCCGUACCUACAAGGCAUGCACCUUUGCAUUUCUCACUUCUACUCUGUGCUGCAGGAUGGAGACCUGUGCAUACCUUGGAACUGGAAAAACUGAGGAACAUAUCUGAUAAUCAGAGGAAUUGCUUAUUUUCCAUAAGAGGCUAUAAAUAUGAAUGUUUUUAAGAGUAAAUUAUUUAAGUAUGUAUUUUGAUAUCAGUAUUCAACCCACAAAUUUUCUUUGAACUGCUGCUCAAAAAGAAUUGGAGUCCUGGACAAUUUGCACAAUGCUCAGUAUUGAUAGUUCUGGAAAGACAUUUGUUGUACAUUCUCCAUACUACUGUAGGAAUCCCAGUGUAUGGUAGCAGUUGUGAAACUGUUUUCUAGUGAAUGAUGAAAAUACAUUAAAUUGCAAGUCUGCAAAAUGUA